UGGUUAACCGGAGGUACAACAUCAGAAAGGAUGACAGUGGUAGUGGAAUUUCAUCGAAACAUCAAUCUCAUCACCAGCCUUCUGUUUGUAAUUGGGCAUUCUCUAGCCACAGAUGCUGCCAGUGAUGCCAGCAAAACUUGGGUAGACAUUUUCAACACUUUCACAUAUUGGAACGGAACUUACAAAUACAGCUUCCACAGCUAUCUGUGUAGUUUUACUGUGAAUUCAGUUGACGCACAUGCAGGAAUAUACGCAACAUUUUCUGAUGGCAAUGCAGAAUUCGACAUCUCUGGUUAUUUCUAUGGAAGUGAUACUUCCCAUACUAGGAUCAUAUUUACUAUGACAAAGCUUACAAAAUCCAGCCCCAUUUUUGGUCCCAAUGCUGAAUUCCAGUUAGUGGGCUACCUGAGCAGGAAAUCGGGCUAUGACGGUUGGAUUUUCCGAGGCAACGCUACAAAGCCAGAUGGAAACUUUUUUCAAGGAUUCAAUUUUUCUGCAGAUAAUGGGAAGAUAACUCCUGCUGCCCCGUAUCCUCCAGGAAAUGAAUCACUGCGCGUAGGCCUCACCAUUGGACUAAGUCUUUUGUGUGCUUUCAUAGGCGUGGCAGCCAUGGUAUCUAUCACUGUGUGGGCUAUACGCAAAGGAUAUCUGCGUCAUGUACCAACCAGUUACGAAAAUUUUAAAAAUCCAAAACCAGCAUACAGAGCAGAAGAUGACAGUUUACAUAUCUAAUGUCUUUUUUUUAUUUUUAAUGUUGAGUUUUGUCUUUGAAUACUUUUUUUUCUGCAAUGCUAUAACUGUAUACAAAUAUUGUGUGAGCUAUAUACUGUUUAAAAUAUCUUUAUAAAAGCAAGUAUGGAUUAUAGUGAUGAAGGAGUCAGUUUUGUGAUUAUAUUAGAUAUUAAGGGCAGCCUGUAUUGCUAUCGAGAUAUUCUAUCAGUUUGGUGAUCAUAUCAGAUAUUAAGGGCAGCCUGUAUUGCUAUCGAGAUAUUCUAUCAGUUUGGUAUCAUAUCAAAUAUUAAAGGCAGCCUGUAUUGCCAUCGAGAUAUUCUGUCUGUAUUUUUAAUACAAAGUUUGAUAACAUUUUGGAUAACCAUGUUAUCCUUAAGAAAAAAUGUCUACAAAUAUAAACAAGAAAUGGCAUGUAGCAGUUUGAAAGUUAUCAAGUAUUUUACUUCACAGUAGUGAUGGUUUUAGUAACACUUACCGUGUGUACGUGUUGUUCUAUCGCCAUAGAAAUGUUCCAAUAAUCCAAUAUUGAAGCAUUCCUGUCCUCCAUCCAUGGGGGACAUUUUUUUUUCACUCAUUUGAUAAAUCAAUUUUUAUCUUUUUUUCCAUCUAUUGUUUUUGCAAAUGUUUAUGACUACAGUUCUGUUUUAAUAUUUACAUGCACAUUCCUGAUAUUAAUGUUUUGUGUCGUCAUAAAUAAUUAUAUAUAGUUUGUCAUUCUAAUUCAUGUUGAUUAUUAGGGCUUUGAAAAGUUGAAUAAAUGCUUUGAAUUUUGAUACCCUAGGGAUCUAAAGCUUCUAAACAGUAGUUGAAAUUGUUCUUAAAUAAAGAUGAAAGAGUUAUAAAAUUAUAGUUAGU